AUGAAUCAAACUUACACUGAUGUUACGACUCAUCUACAACAACCCCAUAUCAUGGAUACCAAUUACGUUACCAUGGCAACUCCAGCAACAGCCAACACCGAUCCGAACCUUUAUGCAUUAAGCAAAAAAAGAUAUCACCAACAUUACUAUAGCAACCACCAUAGCAACCAAAAUGAACAAUACUUCCUAUAUAAUUCAAUGUACAAUAAUUACAACAAGAAAAUAUACCAGGCACAACAGCAGCAACAAACAGUCGCAACAACGGAGCCAAUGACUCCACCACCUCCACCACUUCGUCCGAAUCAACUCGUGAGUACGAAUAGAUUAGCUUAUGUAGAAGCGUUGGUUGAUAUUAAUGCAGUAGUAAUCGAGUCUAUUUGGUACCCAAAAACUGCAACCCUAUCUACAACCACUUUAUCGACGCAGAAAGAUUCCCGAAUAUCGCCGGUUGUGCCAUUGCGGACUUUUAUACAAGAGGUCCUCAAGCGAUCUCGAACGACUUACUCCACUUUACAAACUGCAUUAUUUUAUUUAUUUCGUUCAAGACCUAUUAUUGUACAACAUUUGCAGCAGCAGCAGCAGCAACAACAACAACAACAAAAGAAAAGGAGCCAUGAUUGCGACUGGCAAUGCAAUGCUUACAUCAGUUGUGGAAGACGUAUGUUUCUUGCAAGUCUUGUGGUUGCUUCCAAAUUCGUUCAAGAUAAAACAUAUCGUAAUUCAGCCUGGGCAAAAAUUGCAGGAUUAUCCGUGAACGAGAUUAACACAGCCGAACGUUAUUUCUUGUCUUUAUUGGAUUACAGACUCUAUAUUGACCUACCUAUUUUUGAUCGUUGGCAUCGACUGUUACAUCUUAGAACGCAAGCAAGAAUGCAUAAUAUACCAAUUUCAGUUCUUGAUCUUUCGACUUGUUUAUCUUUUGCGCCAUGUCCAAACAAUGAUAUCAUGGCAACAGCAACUACUUUCACUGAUUCUACUUCUAUUACUCCAAUUACCCCUACCCUAAAUAUGGCAUACCCAAGUAUCAAUACCAAUACCAACAGUACAAGUGAACCAUCAACACCAACAUUAGUUCACUCUUAUUCUUCCUCAAUAUCACCUAUUACAAAUAUAAACAUUUCAACUGAUAAACCAGCUACAGUUUUUUACUAUUCCUCUCCUUUAUCCUUAUCCACUAUAAAUACAGCUACAACUUCAAUGGCUGCAUCCACACCGCCUGUUGCUGCUGCUGCCGCUGCUACUACUACUACGACAACAACUGUCACCACUACUGUAUGCAAUAAUUAUUGUUCAUGUUCUCAAUGUUCACCAUUGUCUAUCAUACCCAAUCACUCUCUCUCUUCUCUCCGUUCAUUAUCAUCAUCACCUACUCCUCAAACUCCCAUCACUCAAAUUUCGCCUGUACGUUAUUACUCAUUGAAAAGAAAAUUCGAUCAUUUAAACAGUUCCAGUGCAAGCAGCAGUAGCAGUAUUAGCGAUAAAAAGCAUUGUAGAUUUUGGCAAUAG